AUGGCCAAUUCCGUGUCUGUUCCUGUUUCAUUACAUUCGCUGGCUUCUUCUGUUCCAAUCUUUAAUGGGACAAAUUUUUCUAACUGGAAUGAACAAAUUCAGUUUCACCUUGGUGUUCUGGAUCUAGACUUAGCUCUGCGAAUGGAUAAACCGGCUACUAUUACUGAAACCAGCAAUUCGAAACAGCAAGCUUUGUAUAAGUCAUGGGAAAGGUCGAACAGAUUAAGUAUGAUGUUUAUGCGAAUGUGUAAAGCAAAUAAUAUUAAAUCAACACUUCCUCAACUAGAUAACGCAAAGGAAUAUCUUAAGGCAGUGGAAGAUAAAUUUCAUUCGGCUGAUAAGUCCCUUGCAGGAAGGUUGAUGGCUGAACUAACCACAAUGAAAUUUGAUGGCAGAAAAGGAAUGAAUGAACAUGUCCUAGAAAUGUCUAAUCUGGCUGCUAGACUUAAUACUUUGGGAAUGAAUACUUGUACGAGACCAAAUAUUAGUUUUACAGUUGGGAUGCUCGAGAGGUACCAAAGUAAUCCCGGAAUGGAGCAUUGGAAAGCUGCAAAGAAAGUCUUGAGGUACUUAAAAGGAACCAAACACUGUAUGCUCACAAAUAGGAGAACAGAUCAGUUGGAGGUGGUUGGCUACUCUGACUCAAAUUUUGCUGGAUGCGUUGAUAGUCGUAAGUCAACGUAUGACUAUUUGUUCCUGUUAGCUGGAGGAGCAAUAUCAUGGAAAAGCGCCAAACAAACUAUCAUAGCAGCAUCUACUAUGGAAGCUGAAUUUGUGGCGUCCUUUUAG